AUGCAUCAUGUAUUAAUUGCAACAGCACAGAUACGAGUAAAAUCGAAGCAAAACGAAUACAUCACCUUGAGAGCAUUAAUCGAUCCUUGUGCUCAGGCGUCUUCAAUCAGCGAGGAAGCCGUACAGAUAUUGCAGUUGCCAAAGCAAAGAACAGAUGUAACACUGCAUGGACUUGGAGGAGCAGUCGUCGGUAAAUCAAAAUCGAAAGUUAUUAUUGAAGUGAAACCCAGAUUUUUAAGCGAUUUCGCUGUGAAUAUAGAGGCAGUCGUACUUCCUGAGUUGGCUUCAGUUCAGCAGGAUCCAACGUGUGAAUACGAUAUAGAUAAAUGGGAAAAUUUUACGCUAGCAGAUCCGGACUUUACGUCGUCAGAUAGAAUCGACGUGCUGAUUGGAAGCGAUGUCUACCACGAAAUCCUUCAAGAUGGUAUUCACAAAAAAGAUAGUAUAUUGGCGCAGAGGACGAAGCUAGGAUGGAUACUGUCGGGACCGACUACGGAAAAAAAGGGAAGCAGCAAGAAAAUUGUAGCAACUACUACUCUGGAAAGAUUUUGGGAGAUAGAGGAGGUGAGCGACAAUCAAGCAGUGACAGAGGAUGACUUUUGUAUAUCAAAUUACGGCUCAACAACAUCGUUAGCGAAUGAUGGCCGGUUUAUGGUCAGACUUCCCUUCAGGGAAGACGUUGAAUUAGGAGAUUCACGUAAAAGAGCUAUGGCAAGAUUUUUGAACAUUGAAAAAAAAUUAUGCGCCAACCCUGAACUAAAAAUGGAAUACCAACAGUUUAUGGAAGAAUAUAUUAGUAUGGGGCAUAUGGAACGAGUAGAGCCAGAAAUACGGGGAAAAUACUACCUUCCCCAUCAAGCUGUCAUCAGAGAAAGCAGUAUAACUACAAAAGUAAGAGUGGUAUUUGAUGCGUCUUCCAAGACAUCAAAUGGAAGAAGCUUGAACGAUAUUCUCUACGCUGGGCCAAGAUUGCAGAGAGAUAUUUUUGAUAUCCUUACAAAAUGGCGGAAACAUCAGUUCGUCAUAAGUGCAGACGUGGAAAAAAUGUACCGACAAAUUUGGGUACAUAAAGAUGACCAAGAAUACCAAUAUGUGUUGUGGAGAUCCAGCAGCGAAAGUCCAGUAGAACAAUACAGAUUAACGACAGUGACGUACGGUACGGCGUGUGCGCCGUUUUUGGCGUUAAAGACGCUUGACGAAAUUGGAUCUCAAUGUGAAGAUAAAGACAUUGGCGCUAUUAUACAAAAUGAUUUCUACAUGGACGAUUUGUUAACCGGAGCAGAUUCUAUUUCAAGAUGUAAAGAAUUACAGGAGAAAAUAAAUAAACAUCUAGCAAAAUAUGGAUUUAAGCUACGGAAAUGGAUUUCGAACGAUAGUGAUGUCCUAAAAAACAUAGACGCAAAGAGAGAGAAUGAUGUACUUCACAUAGAAGAAGAUGAUUGCUUAAAAACGUUGGGGCUGAAAUGGUAUCCAGCAAGUGACACAUUUGGAUUUACAACGCAACUUUACAAUGAACAACGGAUAACCAAGCGGAAAGCCCUGUCCUAUUUGGCCAAAAUAUUCGAUCCAUUAGGAUGGCUAACACCAAUAACAAUAACGGCGAAGCUUUUUAUUCAACAACUAUGGGUAAUGGAUAUUGGAUGGGAUAAUGUACUAAUAGAGGAGCUGAAUAAACAAUGGAGAGGGUUCACGAGUAAGCUAAACUCACUGAUUUCGAUUCGAAUACCUCGAUGGUUGCACGUAUCCAGCUCAACUGAAGCACAACUGCAUGGAUUCGCGGAUGCAUCGGCAAAGGCUUAUGCAGCCGUAGUUUAUGUUAAAGUGAAUGGAGUUGUUCAGCUAGUAGCAGCUAAAAGCAAAGUCAAUCCCAUUAAAAAUAGGAAGACGUUACCAAAACUAGAGUUGUGUGCGGCGAAUUUAUUAGCGAAACUUAUGACAAAGGUUAUGAAAAUUUUGUCAAUAGAAGCAAAUGUAUUUAUGUGGAGUGAUUCGUCGAUAGCGCUGUCAUGGAUACGUAAUAGUUCUAGUAAAGAUCGAUUUAUAAGGACAAGAGUGAAGGAGAUUCAACAAUGGGUACCAGCAGCCAAAUGGCAAUAUGUAAAAUCAAAGGAAAAUCCGGCAGACAUGGGAUCCAGAGGGAUAUCAGCAGACAAGUUACCAGAGAAUAAUCUCUGGUGGAAUGGUCCGUCGUGGUUAAUGCGAGAUGAAGAGAGCUGGGAUACAAAGGAACCUGUGUAUGUCAAUGUGGCCGUCACAAAUGCGAACAGCGGUCCCAACUAUUUCAAUCAUAUGGUAAAAGAUUAUUCAUCGUUUACACGACUUAAGCGAGUGAUAGCGUAUGUGCUCAGAUAUAUCGCAAAGCUACGCGGAAAAAACUUUCCAGAUUACUUGACUGUGGAAGAAUUACGAGCUGCAGAAAUGUUUUUAAUAAAAGGCCAUCAACAACAAGAAUUUCCAGAAAUUGUCACGAGACUAAAAAAUAAUACGCCGAUUGAUCACAAACACAAGCUGGCUUCAUUAAAUCCCUUUUUAGACGAGAAUGGCGUGUUGAGAGUUGGAGGUCGAUUACAGUUAGCUUCGCUGGCGUAUAAUCGUAAACAUCCCAUAAUACUCAAUAAAUCAGAGCUGAGUGAUCUAAUUAUCAAGGACGCACAUGUGAAAACGCUCCAUGGAUUACCAUUGGAUUCGAAAGAUGUACACGGAAAUCAGAGCGCUGUAAAGGUUCGUUCCCCCCGCCAUGGCAGCAUUGACUUUGGAUACCAUUCCGAUCAGCAUGGACGUGAGGCUUCGGUACAAUACAACCAGAACUUGUAUACCAGCAAUGAUGGUCGUGGCACCAUAGAUGCCUAUGCCCAGGUUAACCGUGAUUUCGAUCGCAAUCAUAAUAGCUUUGGUGGUGGCAUUGUUGGUUCGUGGCAUUUCUGA